CAGCCUUGGCCUUUUUUUGCCGGCGGCCGGCUCAAGCCAAAGGGAACUGUCCAGACAGAGUGUCCAUCCCGCAGUCUUGCAGCUACACUAGUUAAAUAAAAUCUGUCGCGAUCCAUCAUCACCUCUGUGACUCCGUCUCUUUGCCAACGCAAUCCAUCUACCUACCGCCAGUUGCGCAUAUUCUUCCCCUUGAUUCUUUGUUGUCGACACCCAACGUCGUCAACGUCGUUUAUUUGGUUAUACUCUUUUCUAAUCUCUCCGCCCCGCGGUCAAACAUAUUCACAAUGGGUCUCUCCCCCCAAAUCACCAACCUGAUCAUCAUCCUUGGUAUGAUGCAGGUCGCCAAGAAGAUUCCCUUCGAGGACCCCAACGUUCUCAACCUCUGCCGCGCUCUUUACGCGCUCAGCAAUGUCAUCAUCCUCUGCAUCCACCUCUACAUCAUGAACACCAUCAACAAGAAGAAGGACCUCACCACCCUCAAGUACGUUGAGCCGGCGCCGAUGGGUUCCACUGAGGAGGGCAAGCUCGUCACCACCACUAUCCACGCCUACGAUCUCGCCCAGUCCAAGCAGCUCCUCCGCUCCCAGAUGAUGGGCGUCUUCAUGAUGGGCGUCAUGCACCUCUACUUCAAGUACACCAACCCCCUCCUCAUCCAGAGCAUCAUCCCCCUCAAGGGCGCCUUCGAGUCCAACCUUGCCAAGAUCCACAUCUUUGGCCAGCCCGCCAGCGGCGACCUCAAGCGUCCCUUCAAGCAGUCUGCUGGUCUGAUGGCCGGUCUCCAGGGCGGCGCUGCUCAGAGCGACAAGAAGGCUGUUGAGGCUGCCGAGCGUGCUGGCCGCGGUGGCGCCAAGGAGGAGUAAAGCGAUGCAAAAAAAUCGACUUUGGAAAUGCUGCAUGGUGCAGAUAAAAAAAUAAAAUAAAUAAAAAAGGAAGGGAAACAGCAGGUUAUCCACGACCGUGCCGGCUAUCAUCUGGGCGGGUAAUACUUUGUACCAAUAUGGCUUGGGAAGCAUUGGCAAUUUACGUAUAGACAUGACAUCCUUUGGUUCAGGUUAGACGGAUGGGCGGUGGUUAAUGGGAUUAAGCAAAUGGCGGCUCAGCGAGGCAGUCCGCUUAGCAGGCUACGUUGCCAGGACUUUGGAGUAGCAAACAAUACACUACUAUCUGGAUUGGCAUACUAUGUGUUCACUACCUCUACAAAUGUCUUGUUGUUAUGG